UCGACACUUCCGACUGUCCCCUUUUUCUGAAUUAUUUCUGGCUGGCUGCCAACCACGACACACACGCCCAAACACACACACACACACACGCAACUAUGCAUGCCGUUGAUGUCAUCCUGCCAGAUAUGGCACGCGCUUGCUUGCCACGUCUCUCUCUGUCUCCGCGUCUCUCCCUCCAGGCCUUCGUGCCUCUUCUGUUCUCACAUACUUGUCGAGAACCUUCGGCGUAUGUGUGUGCGUGUGUGAGUGCGUUUGUGGCUUUUCUGGGCGGGCUACGCCACCCACCAACCAGCCAACCAAACCCUUCGUCCCACUUGACCUUCUUCUUCCUCUUGCAUCUGCGUUCGGCCGCUUGUGUCUUUGAUUGGCGUGCACGGUGCAUGUGUGCAUGUGUGUGUGUGCAUGUGUGUGUGUGUGUGUUGCGUUGCUGCAACCGCACCCGGCUUUGCGGCAAGAAGCACACACACAACCAGCUUGCUUGGGUGUGGCGGAAUGCAAUGUCCAACCUACCCACCACCACACACACACGCGCGCGCACGCACAUUCUUGUGGUUGUGUGUUUCGUUCUCUCCGCACACGGCUGCGUCCUCCGUUUCAAAGGGGUUCCGAAUGCCGCACAGCAACCAACCACCACAUAUGCACGCGUGGCCGUUGUUGUUUGUAUUGUAACACAUUGUUCUGAGAACACUGGCGUUGCCUUGAAAUUGCGCCCUGUUGCAUCCACCGUCUUUCGCUUCCGGCCAUCCACCUCCCCCCCCAUGUGGGUUUGUGUCUUGCACCGUCUCGUCACAUGACAUGCUUUCUUUCUUUCUUUGUUUUCUUUGUUGGGUGUGUGUUGGCGUUCUUUAUCCGCUUCGGCAACCACGCAAUACCGGCUCUUUUAUUGCUCAUUUGUCAUCGUCGAGAGAGUCUCCAAGAUCGAUCGAUCGAUCGCACCACCAGCAACCGGCCGUUUCCGCCUCUUCAUUUCACGCACACAGCAAACCCAGCCCACCCUCACUCACAGCACACAAGCAGCCCGUCUCCCAUCCGCAACUUGAGCUUUUGUUUCCCCGUAGGAACAACACAGCACCACGCACCACCAGCAACACCAACCCCCUCACCAGCAAGCAGCCGCCUUACCUUCUUGUGCCCUUCCUUUCAGUCUUGUGAGCGACUGUGUCGAGUUUCUGCAAGGGGUGUUGUCCACCCACCCAUUGCUCUCGCGCUCCGCUUGUUUGGUUUGUUUUCUCCCUCUUGGUCACCCUUGCACCUGACCGACCUCUUCUUUGUCUUCUUUGUGACUUCUGAAGUCUUGUCUUGUCCACACUUUCCCAUCCCACCCCCUUUGUUUUGUGUGUUUGUUUGUUUGUGUUUUGUCGACAACGCCAGCGACUUCCUUUCUCCCUCUGCCUGUUCUCUUCACUUCUUCGGGGGCUACCUCUGCCCCCCCCACACACACACACACACUUCCACACAUCCCCCCUCCCAUUCUCCGUUUUGUUUCCAAGUCUCUCUCUCUCUCUCUCAGCUGCUCGCUCACCCUACCCACCCACCUCUCCCCAAAACACCUGGACCUCGUGUCCGCCUCGCUGACUUUGUUUUGACUGGUUGCUUCUGACACCAGGCUCGGCGGUCCAAACAACAGUAGCAGCAGCACCGCCGCCGCCGCCGCUACCAACGUGCCAGGCCAUGUCCGGACACGCGUCUAGCUUUUCAGGUCCCCCUAAGACCAACCAGCAGCACCAGCUCAUGUCACACCAGCCAGGCAUGCGGAUGCAGCACCCGCAGCACCCACAACAGCAGGGCCCGCCGCCCGUCAGGUUACGGUGUGGCGCAUGUGCUAUGGAGUAUGACCGCAGCGAAAUGGAAAGCUGUGCACCUGAGAAGGAAUACGUGUGCACCUACUGCAUCAAGUUUUUUCUGACAGCAAUUGAUCACCCCACCUACCGCACGCACGCCGCGCCGCCCGCGUGCUUGCUAUCCCAAGGCCUGCUCAGCGUCCGCCACUGCUUUGGCUGCUUGUACCAGCGGUGUUUGGAUGUGGGGAUACGGCACACGCGCUCUAUCGCGGACGCCUUCCCUGAUACCACCGGCCAGCAGAAGAAGCCAAAGCUCGAGCCGGACACGGAGGCCGUGCCUGUCACCACGCCCUCCGCCAUGUCGUCAUCAGCCAUGCCAGCGGCCACACCCUCCUCCCAGCAGCAACAACAGCCUGUGGCGGCAAAUCAAGGCAAGAUGGCAUCCUCCUCUUCCUCUGCCAUGGCCGCUGCAACCACCACAGCCGCCGCCACCCCGGCAACCACACCCACCACCACUGGUACCACCUCCAUGCCUGUGGGUGCAGCGGAAGGUGCGCCAGCCGCCCCGUCACCAUCCGCCAUGAAAUCCCCGCAGCGCAAGCGCAAGCACGCAAAAAAGCACCACCGCCACGCCUCAUCCUCCCCCUCAUCCAGACACAAGCACAGGCACAGGCACCACCACCACCACGACCAUGACCACGACGACCACGACCACGAGAGCGCAGACAACAGCAGCAGCCCCAGCAGGAAGAAGAAGGGGCACAGCCAACAGAUGCAGAUGAGCACCGUUGCGCAACAACCGUCGGCCGGUGUUACGGGCCCGGGCGUAACCGCGCACGCAGGCAUCAGCGGCGUGCAGCAGCCAGCGGCAGAGCUGCCGUCCCAAUCAACCCCAGCGCCCGGCACACUCAAGCACAAGCACAAGGACAAGGACAAGGCGAGCAAAAAGAAGGUGCAGAAGAAGACGAAAAAGGCCAACAAGAAGCACAGGAAGCACAAACACGACAGACGCCGCUCUGCCAGCGUCUCUGCCGGUGCCAUUGCUGGUGGUGGUGGUGGUGGUGGUGAAGGCGGGGACGUGACCGCUAACAGCACCAGCACGGGCGCCAAGGCCGCUGAGGAGCCACAACGCGGACAACAGAGGCGCAGCUCGUCCUACGUGAGCGACACAGACAGCAAGCAGGGCGACGGCAGCCGCAGCCGCAGCCGCAGUGGCAGCGACGACGAGGUCGGGGACGACGAUGACGACGAGGCAGAGAUCCGCGGCCAUAGCAGCCGUGUUGGCGGCAGCAAGGCGUCCCAUCGCAGCCGCAGCCACAGCCACACUCGCCAUCGCGCAUCAUCGUCUUCCUCAUCCUCGUCAUCUUCCUCAUCAUCCGCAUCAAGCGAUGACAGCAGCGGCAGCAGUGAUAGCAGCAGUAGCAGCGAUAGUGACAGUGAGAGCGAAAGUGGCCGCAAGGCACCGGCACGAGCGCCGCCUGUCGCACCCACCGCACCACCGCGCCACCAGCUACCAGCGAAGCAGCAGCUGCAACAGCUGCAACAGAAGCAGACGCCGCCACAAGGGUUUGUGCCGCGGGUUGCGCCGACACAGCAGCGCACCGCAUUUGCCAUGUACCCGUCCGCACACGCGCAUGCGCAGGCGCCUGUUGGCCUGAUCCCGCAUGCACCGGGGAGCCAGCAGUCGCCCUUCAUGCAGCAGCACCACCAGCAGCACAUGCCAGGCUUGUACGGCAUGCGCCCGCGGUUCCUCCCGCAAGUACAGCAACAGCAGCAGCCGCCGCAACAACCGAGCAUGUUCCGGCCGAGCAUGCAUGUUCCAAUCAAGCACGAGCAGCACCUCACCCCACAGCACCACCAGCACCAGCAGCAGCAGCAGCAGCAAAAUAUGCAGCAGCAGAGCCACCAACAAAAUAUGCAGCACUCGUCUGAGGAAGUGAAUGUGGCGCAUAUGCUUGCUGGGAUGCAGUCUUCAUCCACACAGCCAUCCACGGCCACCAAGCCCGCCACCGCCCCCUUUGCAGGCACUCCAUCGUCUGUGAUGAAGCACAGCACCGCAGGCCGCGCAGCAGCCACCGCCGCCGCCACCGCCGCCGCCAGCAGCAGCAGUAGCACAGGCACGCCUGGGAGUGGCAAGACCACCCGACGGGGGCAAAAGCGCCAGUCCACACGAGGCUUCUGCCUUGGGUGCUGGAAGACCAAGGAGCUGGAGGAACGCUAUGCCGUAGGCAUGCGCCACAAGUUUAUGCUGUGCAACGCCUGCCGCAAAACGCAUCUCACAAAAUCAGUCAUUCCUGUGUUCGAGACAAAGGCGCGUCAGCCUGCGCAGGCGACGGACCUGGCCACGCGCGUGCGCAUCCGGGCGGAGAUGGAGGCCGAGUGGACCGCGCGUACAAAGGACCCAACUGUCUGUCGGCUCCUUGAUUUGUGGCUCCAGAUUGAUUGGUGCCGUGUUGUGUGCAACGGCGUGAUGAGCUACGUCCCCACCUCGGAGAUCCAGCAGGUCGCAUACGCCGCCGUCACCGCUGCUGCGACGCACCCGCCAACUCCCGCGCCACCCACAAUGAUGACAACAGCAACAACUUCGACGACGGCGGCAAUGCCGACAACAAUGCCCACCUCUGCUUCUUCAUCGUCACAGCCACAGCCGGAGCCCAAGCCGGAGCAGGAGCGCGGGUCUGUGUCGCUGACGCCCGUGCCGGGGUCACCGCUGCACAAGUCGGGCGCGCUGCCGGUGUCGUCGUCGUCAUCAUCGUUGCGUGCACCGCCAGCGCCGGCCGUUGAAGAAGUGCCAGCUGCUCCAUCAGCGACAGCAGGAGCAACAACAACAACAACAACACCAACACCAGCAACAGCUGCAAAUCAACAGGGCAGUGCGCCAAUGGAUGUGUCCUCGUCCUCGUCCUCCUCCUCUUCCUCUCUGGCGGCGGGGUCGUCAGCUGCGCGUGGCCUCGGUGCUGGGGAAGCUGGCGCGCCGCAGGUGCCGUUUAGGAUCCGCUUCCUGCGCGUUGCCGGCCACCUGCACGCGGUGAACCUGCCGCUCGUGUCGUACCGCGACCUGCCUGCGGUGAAGAAGGCCAUCACGGCCCGCAUCAUGGCGGUUGCCAACGACACCAUCCGCAACGCCAUUGCCAGCAACCAGGACCUGGCCCUCGCCCUUGAGCGGCACAGCCUGCAGCCCGCAGAGAUUGCCAUGCGCGAGGAAGACGUUGUCCUCCUGCUCACCAUCUAAGCGGGGCGUGCUCGCGCAUGCUUGGUUUGGUUGGCGGCUGGAUGGUUGGUUUGGCGCACUGUGAGUACGAGUGGCCGACGUGGAUGCUUGACAAAGCGAUUGGCGGUAGUGUUACGUUACCGCACACGAUCACGGCGAUGUACGCGGCUGACGGGGACAGGACUGGUGCUGCGCCCAUGGAUGUCGAUGACCGGUGGUGCAGUUGUUUUUUUCUUGGCUGGUCGGUGGGCUGGUUCCCUUCCAGCUCACUGCAUCCCAAAAAAGCAUACAUGCACCCACACCUCUCGACUCUAGGCACCAUCAAACACCAACGCAUCCCCGAGCAGCCCUCAUUGUCGCUCUUCUUCGUCUUGUUUUCCCGGCUGCCACCCCCACGCUGCCUUGUUUUCCUUUGCUGCUGCUCUUCCUCGUCGGCACACUGGCUUUCCUGUCCAGUGGACAUCUGCACCUACCCUUUUCCUCUUUGACACAAAAAAACACACUCACAUUGCACAAAACACAAAACACACAACGUACGCACGCGUACAUACACACUCACACUCACAGACACACACACUCUCUCUCACACUCACUCUCACAGACACACACACUCUCUCUCUCACACUCUCACUCUCACAGACACACACACACACUCUCUCUCUGUUUUGCUUGUUAUCAUCGCUUGGGUUGAAGCACAUACGUCUUGCUCAUCUUCUUCUUCCAAUCAACGUGUCACCACGACACUCAUUUCCUUUUUCGUUUCUCAGCUCAAUCAUGCCUGUACUUGUCGCCUGUGCGGGCUUGUUCUUCAGCCUUCUCCCUCUCUCUUCCCCCUGUCGCCCUUGCCUCACUUUGUGCUUUCAUGCUUUUUCUGUCUGACUGACCGCUUGCAUAAUUGCUCCUCUUCCUUUUUUCCUGUAGUGUUCCUCGGCUCUGCUUCUCUAUGCUGACCCAACAACACAACCCUUACAUGUCGAUACACAACCGUCGCUUUCGCUUUCGCCUUCCUUUUUUUUUUUUUUUUGGUGCUGUUCGUUUUAGCUGGUCUCACAAUUGCUGUGUUGGCGGCGGCUGUUCCUUCGCUCUUUGUUGUUCCUUGUACAUGCUUUAGCUGCUGUAGUAGUUUUGUGUGUCCACAACACGUUGCCGUCUUUUCGCUGUCCACAAUUUCGUUUAGUUAAGCGUCGCUCAGCUGUGUGUACACAAACAGAAAUACAAAGAGAAACACAC